AUGGUACUUUCCAUGAUGUUGGUGUCAGUGCUGCUUCCUCCAGAUGAGUGCAAGGCUGCUGUUGCUCCGUGUUCCAUCAGUGACCCUCUUCCUAUUCUUCACAAAUAUUUCAAGUCUGGAGAUGUUGUUAUUGCUGGCAUUAUGUCUCAAAUCCAUAUAACUUCAAGCAUAGCCUUCAAUGAACCUCCUACACCUGAACUCUUCGAUGACAUUAUAAGAAAACAAGUAGCAAUCAGGGCCAGACCGCCUGUGACGUGGCAGGAGUUAGAUGUUCAGCACAGCGAAACAUCCAGGGUUGUGUUUCUAUAUAUCCCUACACUUUCUAUGUUUGUGAAUGUGAAUUGUUAUGCACUAUGUCGCUCUCCAUACAGACCAAUGACACAACUCUACCAGCAUAUCCUGGCUUUGGCAUUUGCUGUGAAAGAGAUAAAUGAAAAUCCCCAAAUCUUGCCCAAUAUGUCUCUGGGUUUCCACAUCUAUAACAGCCAUUUCAGUGCAAGCUGGACCUACCAAGCCUCCAUGGAACUUCUCUCUAGCCAAGAAAGACUCCUCCCCAACUACAAGUGUGAUGUUCAGGAGACUCCAAAGGCAGUCAUUGGGGGGCCACCCGCUGAUUUAUGUCUCCACAUGUCAGCCAUCCUGUCUACGUACAAGAUGCCAAGACUCCACCACUUUCUGGGAAGAGUUUCAUUUAAUAAUAGUGUUGGGGAAGAAGUUUCCUUUGACCAAAAUGGGAAAUUAGUAGCUGGAUUUGAUAUAAUAAAUUGGGUCACAUUCCCAAAUCAGUCCUUUCUGAGAGUCAAAGUUGGAACAAUGGACCCACAAGCUCCCCCAGAAAAGAGGUUAACCAUUCAUGAUGAUGGUAUCAUGUGGCCCAACUGGUUCAACCAGGCACAACCCACUUCUCUGUGUAAUGAGAAUUGUCAUGUAGGUUAUAGAAAGAACAAGAAGGAAGGAAAGCCAUUCUGCUGCUACGAUUGCCUUCCGUGUCCAGAAGGGAAGAUCUCAAACAAGGAGGACAUGGACAACUGUUUAGAAUGCCCUGGAGAUCAAUAUGCAAACAAUGAACAGGACGGCUGCCUCCCCAAAGACAAAAUAUUCUUGUCUUAUGGUGAACCGUUGGGGAUCAGUUUGGCCACGUUGGCCCUCUUCUUUUCCUUCAUCACAGCUUUGGUGCUUCAAAUAUUCACAAAGCACAGAGAUACUCCCAUAGUUAAAGCCAACAACCGCAACCUCACUUAUAUUCUCCUCCUUUUCCUCCUGCUGUCCUUCCUUUGUGCUCUGCUCUUCAUUGGCCAGCCUCAGGAAGUCACCUGCCUCCUUCGACAAACUGCUUUUGGCAUGAUCUUCUCAGUGGCAAUUUCAUGCAUAUUGGCCAAAACUGCCAUUGUGGUUCUGGCUUUCAUGGCCACCAAGCCUGGCUCCAGCAUGAGGAAGUGGCUGGGGAAACCACUGGCCAGCUCCAUUGUUCUUUCCUGCUCCCUUAUUCAAGCCACAAUCUGUAGCACAUGGCUGGCCACUUCUCCUCCUUUCCCAGACGUUGACAUGCACUCAAUGACGGAAGAAAUAAUACUAGAAUGUAAUGAAGGUUCCACUAUCAUGUUUUAUUGUGUCCUGGGAUUCAUGGGUUUGCUGGCCAUCGUCAGCUUCACGGUGGCUUUCCUAGCUAGAAAGUUGCCGGACAGUUUCAAUGAAGCCAAAUUCAUCACCUUCAGCAUGUUGGUCUUUUGCAGUGUGUGGUUGUCCUUUGUUCCAUCCUACUUGAGCACCAAGGGGAAAUAUAUGGUGGCUGUGGAGAUCUUCUCCAUCUUGGCCUCCAGUUGUGGGUUACUGGGCUGCAUCUUUACCCCCAAAUGCUAUGUUAUUUUACUGAGGCCUGAGCUGAACAGCAGGGAGCAGCUAAUAAGGAGACAGUUUUAA